AUGACCCAACAGGAAGCUGUGACACGCUCUCCGAGCACGCUUUCGCGCCUCGCUCAGAAGUUUACUUUGCCGUUGAAGACAUCAACCAGCCCGAUCGCUCCCACGCACACUAAGACGACCGUCUACGAGAAGAAGUCUCCCACCUCGAGCUCCACCAGCCAGUCCAGCAAGUCCAGCACAGGACGUAGCCCAGCAAGAAGCGGCGAGCUCAAGCGCCAGGAACGCGGCGAGAAGCUGUUGCGCAAACAGGAAGAAGAGCGCCAGCUCGAGGAACGCCGCAGGCGAGAGUAUGAGGAAGCCCGCCGCGCUGAGGACGAGGAGACGAGGGCACGAUAUGGAGAGGGCGACGAGAACGACUACCCUACCGAGUUGACGACUAUUGGUGAGGCCGUCAAGUUGGACGUCGGUACAAAGAUUACGUUCCGCGCGAGAAUCCACACCCAGAGGAACAUCUCGAAGCAUCUCGACUUCAUCCUCUUCCGUGACCAGACGGACACAAUCCAGGGAGUUCUGGCGCAUGCAACGCCCAACAUGGUCAAAUGGGUCCAGCGACUGCACCCAGAGUCCAUUGUUCAGGUGUCUGGCACUCUGAAGAAACCCGUCGAGGAAGUCAAGUCGGCGCACUACCAUGAUGUCGAGGUGGACAUUUACUCUAUCCACCUCCUCAACCCCGCCAAAGCGCCGCCGUUCAGCAACUACCAACCCCCAGACAGCAUGAACUUUAGGCUGAACAACCGUAUACUCGACCUGAGACACCCCAGCAACCAAGCGCUUUUCCGCGUGCGUGCCAUGAUUACGCGCAAGUUCCGCGAGACCCUUGACAACAGCGGCUUCAUCGAGAUCCAAACCCCCAAGCUGCAGCCCGCCGCAACCGAGAGUGGCGCCGAAGUCUUCAAGCUCAACUACUUUGGAAGGCGGGCCUUUUUGGCACAGAGCCCUCAGCUGGCCAAGCAAAUGGCCAUUUCCGCCGACUUUGGCAAGGUGUAUGAAAUCGGUCCUGUGUUCCGCGCCGAAAACUCCAACACCCACCGUCACCUGACUGAGUACACUGGCCUCGACAUCGAGAUGAAGAUUCAAAAGCACUACCACGAGCUUAUUAAGGUUCUCGACCAGACUUUGAAGAACAUUUUCACGGCUGUCCAGUCGAUGCCCGAGCUCCAGAUCAUCCGCGAGCGCUUCCCGAGCGAGGAUCUCGUAUGGUUGGACGAGACUCCCAUCAUCCCAUUCCCCGAGGGUCUGCAAAUGCUGCGUAAUGAUGGUCGCGAUGUUGCUGACGAAGACCUCUCGACACCUGACGAGAUUCGUCUGGGCGAAUUGGUCAAGGAGAAGUACGGCACAGACUACUACAUCCUCGACAAGUUCCCUGCCAAUGCUCGCCCGUUCUACACCCACAAGGCCGAAGACCCCUUCUGGACCAACUCGUUCGACAUUUUUGUUCGCGGCCAAGAGAUUUGCACCGGCGGCCAGCGCAUCAACGACCCCACUGAGCUACGAAAGAACAUGGCCGAAAAGGGCAUCUCGGAGGAGGAGAUGGCCGAAUACCUCGAGGCCUUCGAUCUCGGUGCUCCCCCGCACGGCGGUGCCGGCCUCGGGCUGGAUCGCGUUGUCUUCCUCCUCCUCAACUUGGGAGAUGUUCGAUACGGCACCUUGUUCUACCGUGACCCGAAAUCUCUACCCUCGCGGUCCUUUACCCUGCCGCACCCCGCUGCCGACACUACCAAGGCAUGGGCCGGUAAGGAAUUGCCACCACUGGAGGAUCUCAUUGCCAACUACGGCGACGCCACCAACACCUCAUGGCUCGACGAGAGGUUUGAGAUUUGGCGCCACAGUAGCGGUGCUGCAGUUGGGUACGUCAAGCAGGGCAAGUUCGCGAUGAUCACCGGAGACCCUCUCUGCGACCGGGGUCAAUACGAAGAGGUUAUCCCGGCGUUCGUUGAGUUUGUCACUAAGGAACUCAAAUUGACACCCGUAUGGAUGCUGGUUUCCAACAAGGUGCAGGAGAUUCUCGGACGCCGCAUCGGCUGGCGGACCAUGAGCUGUACCGUCGAGCAGCGGGCGGACGCGGACCAACACACCACACCCGACGGCCGUGCCGCUAGACGCGUCAAGAGGGAGGGCAUCAAGAUCCACGAACUCAAGCCUAACGAAGACUUCAUCAAACGUGCCGAGCAGGCUAUCGACGCAUGGAAAGAGAAGCGCAAGGGCAAGAAGCAGGUCCACCUCACCGAAAUCCGACCUUGGAUCGACCAGGCUCAUCGCCGCUACUUUGCUGCCGAGAAGGAUGGCAAGGUUCUGUGCAUGGUCGUCCUUGCACAGCUCGCGCCCAGACACGGCUGGCAAGUCAAGUGGGCGCUCGACUUCCCUGACGCACCAAACGGCACCAUUGAGGUUCUCGUUGAGUAUGCUUUGUCGUGCAUAUCGGGACCUGUGACUUUUGGAGCAGGCGUCAGCGAAAGGUUCGUGCCCGGCGAGCACCUCCACGGUGUCCGGGCCAAGUUCCUGAGCAAGACGUAUUCCGGCAUCGUCAAGAGCCUCGGACUCGGCAACAAGGCCGAAUUCAGAGGCAAGUUUGGCGUCCUGGGCGAGCAGGUAUACAUUUGCUACCCGCGUCGCGGCGUCACGCUCUUUGAUCUCAAGGAGAUUGUCAAGUUCUUCAUGGACGAGUAA